CUUAAAUGUAGUGUUUACAUUUUGAAUGUAUUUGAUGUAAAUGAAGGACUGUAUGCCUACAUGCAUGUCUAAAUGAAUAAGUUGUUGAAGAGCUUUUAUGCUGAAAAUAUAUGCGUUGUUGUGCUGAAAGUAUGUGUAUUAGAAUUGCUUGAAUGAUUACAAUGAUUACAAUGCAAGUGUAUGACAUUAAGGUUAAGGAAAUAUGGUAUGUUAAGUUGAUUGUUUAUGAUUUUUCUGUGUUGCAGAAUAAGAGCUCUCUUGCUCAUGGUUCCAAUGACAAGGUUGGGCGUCCUUGUAUAAAAAAAGCCCAAACACCUUUUAUUACCGGUGAACCCGGAAAUGAUUGGAAUGAUGGAAAUGAACUGACAAACUUGUCCGAAAGAUUUGAGAAUAACUUGUAAAAAAAAACAACAAAUGUUUUUAAAAAUACUGUUACAACAUGUGUGAAAAAGUGCAAUUAAUGAUUGUGUCUAUAUAAGUGAAUCUUGUGUUACAGAGAGAUCUGCACUGAUGGAGUCUGAAUGUCUACCAAACUUGCCAUACUGUCCUACAAACCAAACAUCAAAUAUUGUAACAAGUGUUGCAUCUGAUGAUUGUGUCUGUAUAACUGAGCCUUGUGUUCCAGACAGAUCUGUGCUGAUGGGGUCUUUUCAUCAAGGUCAUGCACGGUUUGGAAAUGCACGUAACAGGCAGUGUGGAGCCAUCAGUCUGACUGCACUUUUGAUGUGCAAGAUGAAGAGUGUGUUGAACUGGGAACCUGAAGAUUUAGUAGAUGAUUUGGUUCAGGGUACUGUCCUUUACAGGUCUAUGAGAGCUCAAGGUAAAAUAAGAGACCAUGUUGAUGGAAGGGGUUACAUUGCAGUGUCUGAACUGCCAAGACGGCACAGAUUGUGGAAUUGUGUUUUUACAAUAGACUUUGCUGAGUCUUUCACUGGUAUUGUUCAUGUUGAUGACUAUGACCAUGCAUUACGUGAUGUUGCUAUGCCUUUUGAUGUAGCAAUACAGCGGACACUGUUGCGUAAUGAUGCCUGCCUGUUAACCAUAUGUGCUAAUACAUGUGCUAUUGUGAAGGAAGGAUCCAGGUUUGCUUUUAUUGAUUCACAUGCCAAUGGGAGAGUUAAUCAGAAAGGCACACCACGUUUUGAAUUAACUGGAGUCAACGUAAGGGUAAUGGAAGGCAGCAUGCAGAUGAACAAUGCAUCCAGCUGUACAAUGAGCUCUGCAAACUGCCUUCCAGGCUACAGUGAUGUGGUGAAGGGUAAGCAUAAACUAAAUACAAAUGCUAGUUGUGAUGUAAACAGCAGACAACUCUACAGUGAUGUGGUGAAGGGUAAGCAUAAACUAAAUACAAAUGCUAGUUGUAAUGUAAACAGCAGACAAUCAAAAAUACCUCAUAACCUUGAAACAGAUGAUGUCAUUGUUGUUGACGUGGAAUCAUAUGAACAGUCUUUUCAACCUUUGUGUAAUUUGCAGGCAAGUGAUGAUGUCAUUAUAAGUGACGUAAGAGUUCAGAAACAGGCUUUUAAACCUUUAACUUGUCAGGACCAGGAUGCACUGUGCAAAUGUUUAGAUCUUGAAAAUGUUAAUGUUGAUGUGGGCCUAAUGGCAACAACUGAUCUUGAUGACAUGGGAUGUCCCUGUAAGACAAAGCAUAAAGCCAGAUGGGAAUUGUUUUUACCGUAGCUUGGCCUUUACCAUAUGUCACAAUCAAGACAAGCAUCUGAAAAUCAGACGGGCUGUUGUGCGACACCUUAAGACAAACGGCACCAAAUUUGAAACAUAUUUGAGGGAUGAAUACACAUCUGUGCAGGACUGUCACUAAAUCAAGAAUCUACUACUGU